AUGAUUAAUUAAUCAGCUGAUAAAAAAAAUUUCUAAAUUUCUACACCAAUUUUAUCUGAUUUAGAAGAGGAAACGUAGAAUAACAAGGAAAUAUAAUAACAUUUGUAAAUAUUAUUUUAUAAUAAUAGAUAAUAUUUGUAUAUUUCUCCUAAUUUAUUUACAAAAUUAUGGCUUGAUAUUAAGAAAUAAUUGGAAAUAUUAAAGUCUUCUUAAUAUAAUUUGAAUCCUUUUAAUGUACAAUAAAUUUUAGAAGAAAUAUAUCGUUUGCAUUUUCCAAAUGUACAAUUUUGUUUAAAACACAGCCAUAACAAAUAAAGAAAAAAAUAAAUUUCCGAAAUUUCUAUUUAGCUUUGGAUGGUUUUCCACAAAAAAAAGAAUUUAUAGCAAAAAUACCAAAUAUAGCUGAUUUAGCUUUAAAAAUGGAUACUGAGUUUAGAGAUUAUGUAGGAAUGUUGAUAGAAAGAGUAGAGUUGAAAAGAUAAUAAGUAGCAAUAUUAAUAGCAAAUAUGUUUUUAUGUGUGAUGCAUUUAUAACCUGACUUUAAAAUAUUGCCUCAAGUUUUUAUAAUGGGAAUUUUAUUUGACAGAUAAAAUGAGGAUAGUAUAUAAAAUAAUAAUAAGAUUUAAAAGAUUCGAUGUUUAUUUUAUUAUUUUUUGCAUGUAUUUUCACCAGAUUUUAAAGGAUAAGAAAAAAUAGUAUUUACAAGAAAAAAGGCAAAUUUAACAAUAAGUAAUAGUCCAUUAUGUGAUUUUAUUUAUUGUGAAUAUGGAUAAAUGGAGAAUGUAUAGGACUGUUAUAUAGUUGAUUUUGCAAAUAAAAAAAUAGGAGGUGGUGUAUUAAAUUUAGGAUGUGUAUAAGAGGAGAUAUUAUUUUUAUGUCAUCCUGAAGCUUUGGCAUCAUUAUUAAUAACUACAGAAAUCAAAGCAGAUGAAUCAAUAAUAAUAGAGGGAGUAAAUAGACUAAUAAUGUAUGAAGGAUAUAGUAAUAAAUUUGAAUGUAAAGGUACUGUUAAAUAAAUUAGAAGUGUGAGUUUAAUUGUAAAAAAUUGUAAUAAUAAUGAUAGUGUAUAGAUGCUGGCGAUUAUACUGGUAAUUACCAUUAAUAGUAUAAAGAUUAUAGGAGAGAAUUGAUUAAAUCAUAUAGUGGAUUUUAUGGAAUUCCUCGUAUAUGUACUGGAAAAUGGGGUUGUGGAGUUUUUGGAGGAGAAUGGUAAUUGAAAGCAUUAAUUCAAUGGGUAGCUGCAUCUUUAGGAGGAUGUUAAUAAAUAGUAUUUAUAAAUGAUGAAUCUUAUGUUUUUAAUUAAGCAUUCAAUUUGCUUAAAGAAUUUAACUCAAAUUAAUUGUGGGAAUAAAUAUAAAAAUAUUGUUACAAAAAAUAAAAAGAUGAAUUAAGCAAUAUAAAUGCUAUUGAUUUUAUAUUAUCUUAAAAAUAAUUUUGA